GCCACGUUCUCCUGUGCCUGCUGCUAUUCAACGCGCAGUCGGCGAUUUAAGCGCCACGGGGAGGUGUUCGUUGGCUCGAAAUGUGCUUAUGUACAGGUCGGUUUCUGCAAGGAUCGUAAACGGUCUGUCGCAACUCGGUCAACGAACCAUGGCGCAAGCGACUUCCUCUGGCGAAAGCCACCCCUCUGCGAAGCUCCUCGGUCGAGCCUUCUACGAGAGUAUUGGGAGUCCCAAGAUGAUCGUUGCGCCCAUGGUUGACCGUUCAGAAUUUGCUUGGAGACUUCUCACCCGAUCCUUUCUGAAUGAAGACCGCUCAAAGUCCUUGCUAGCCUACACACCUAUGUUCCACGCCCGUCUCUUUGGCGGGAAUCCGAAAUGUCGAGAUGACUACUUCAGACCCACCAGGGAGAGCCUCAAGUCGAAACAGAAGUCGACUGCGCCUCUUUGGCUAGAUGGCAAUCCAAAACUUGACAGGCCGCUGUUCGUACAGUUCUGCGCAAACAAGCCGGAAGAUCUGCUAGAAGCAGCCGAGUAUGCAGCUCCCUACUGUGACGCGGUGGACUUGAACUUGGGAUGUCCACAAGGCAUCGCUAAAAGUGGUCACUACGGGGCCUUCCUGCAAGAAGAUUGGGACAGCAUCUACAAGAUGAUCAACAAGCUACACAACGAACUGUCGGUACCGGUAACAGCGAAGAUGAGGAUUCUAGAGACACCCGAAAAGACACUCGAUUAUGCGAAGAUGAUACUGUCUGCCGGUGCAAGCAUAUUGACGGUCCACGGACGACGGCGUGAGCAGAAGGGCCACAACACCGGCAUCGCAGACUGGUCUAUGAUACGCUACUUACGUGAUAAUCUGCCGCCCGAAACAGUCUUGUUCGCCAACGGCAACAUUCUGAACUCAGGAGACAUUGAAGCAUGUCUAGCAGCCACAGGUGCUGACGGUAUCAUGAGCGCCGAAGGAAAUCUGUGCGAUCCUACGAUUUUUGCUCAGCCGCCAAGGGAGCAUAAUCCGCGAGAGUACUGGUACGACACUGAUGGGAAAGGUGGAUACCGCAUCGAUGCAGUUUUCAGGCGAUACAUGGACAUCAUUUACACAUACUCUCUCGAAAGACCAGGUCCUGAACGCCCCCCGUUAUACAUACCCGGAGACCCAAAAGAAAGUUCGGAGCAAAAGAAGACUGAAUCGGAUGAAAAUCAGCCGGUCAACAACAAAAAGCGCAAGCGCGGCGAUGACAAAAAGUUCAAACUGGACCCAAACCUGAAAGUGAUGCAAGGUCACCUUUUCCAACUUUUGAGACCUUUAGUUUCCAAACACACGGAUAUUCGAGAUACCUUGGCCAGGACCAGGUGUGGGGAGAUGGAAGGCUUCGAACGAGUACUUGCCAUGGUCGAAGAGGCCGUCAGGAACGCACUCGAUCAAGCGGAAGAAUCAGCGACUUCGAAAGAAUUGGUAGACAAGGCCGAAACUGUUCCGGAACAGGAGAUGACGCCCAAACAAAAAACAGAAGCAAUUUACAAGAGACCAUGGUGGGUGUGUCAGCCGUACAUACGGCCGUUACCAGAGGAAGCCAUCAAGGUAGGCGCGCUUCAGCUCAGCAAGAAGGAAGUCGCCAAACUAGCCAUGAAUGAAGUUACCGAGACCAAGAGCGAUCCAGUACAACGGACCGAUGAGUACGAUGGUCAGCCUACUCCCUCUCGAAACGCCUCGAAUGAAACACCAAAAGCCGCUCUGGUCUGCGGUUGAAACGAAAGAAUGUCUCAAAGUCAAUUGUAUUUGUACAAUGUCAACCUAUUCAAGGAAAAACGUAACAUAGUCAACCAUCCAGAUACCCAGAAGCA